AUGUGGAUUAUUCAAGAGGUUUUGCUCGCACGCCAGGUGUCAAUCUGGUGUGGGCCAACUACGGCAAAUGAAGAUUUCCCGGUCCUUGAAGCGAUCGCGCGAUGGUCAGACAUGACAAACUGUGUUCACAAAACCCUAGCUGCUGUAAGGGCCAUCGAGGACGUCCACGUGCGCCGGUCAGCGAGUUUUAAGCUGCUAUGCGCGAGUGUGCUAUUCUCGAUCAAAAAGGCACGAGACAAGGCGGAGAUUGGUACCCUGAAGCUUCUCAUAAAUACCCGCUGGUUCGAUGCGACGGAUCGGCGAGACAAGGUUUUUGCGCUUGUUGGCCUCACAAGCGACAUCAACCAGAGCUUUGUGGACUACUCCAAAAGUUACGAAGACCUGAUGAGGGACCUGAACCUCAUGCUCCUAGAAGGCAGGAUCAAGCCUACCUGGGGUAAUGUGUUGGAUGUGUUGUCAUUGAUUACACGUGAAGAGGUCGACGAAAUCGCAGAGCCAAGCUGGGUGGUAGAUGUUUUCAAGCCGCAGAACUUCGAGGGCUCGUACACGCCUAUUAUGGGUGGAUAUCCCUCUCAAGAGCCGCACAUUGAACGCAAGCCAGAGCUUCGCUUUCUUGAGGAGUAUGGGCCAGAGGUAAGCUUCACCUACACACAAGCUUCUCUCUGA